GAGGUGCCGCCCGAGCUGCAAUGCCCGCUCUCCUUCGAGGUCAUGGAGGACCCGGUUAUCUGCGCUUCAGGGCAAACCUACGAGCGGUCUGCCAUCGAGAAGUGGUUCGCGAUGGGCAAGCGCACCGACCCAAUGAGCGGCGCGGUGCUCGAGCAUACGCACCUCGUGCCGAACGUGGCAGUGCGCAGCAUGUGUCGCAGGCACUCUAGCGCGAGUUCGUGA